UUUCCCCCCCAGAUUUAGGAGCCAUUGCUUCUAUGGGCUGGAUCCGGAUCAGGAUCAAUGGGAGAUAGAGAAGGUGAUCGACAGAUAAGAUAGACAGAAGACAGGUGACGGAGCUGCAGAGGGAGGUCUCUCCUUGGUGGCACCAGGGCUGCCUACGAAGCGGGCACAGUGCCGCCCCAAAAAGCCCACGGACUGAAUGCCUUCUCAGGUUGGCACGGCUUCAAGGAGAACAACAUGGCUGGGGCUGCUGGGUCUCUUCCUCAGGAGCCGCUGACUUUUGAGGAUGUGGCCAUUGCCUUUGCACCCAAGGAGUGGGCACAGCUGGCGGGUUGGCAGAAGGCACUCUACCAAGAGGUGAUGCGGGACAACUAUGAGACCCUCCGCUCUUUAGACCUCGCCAAUCACAAGCCGGAGAUCCUCCUGCGGAUGGAACGGGGAGAGGAGCCCUGGAGCAGUGAAGGCCAGGAUGCCAAGGGCAGUGAGGCCUCGAACCUGGACUGUCUGGGAGUGGGCCAAGUCCAGAUCAAGACGGAAUCAAACCUGGAAGAAAACCCCAUUGGCCUGCCAUGCCAUGCUGGGCACCUGAAGGCUUUGAAGGGCAGCCAGGAGGAUGGCACCCUUUGCAAGUUGCCCCCUUGGCCUGAGCUCAACGCCGGUGGAGUGUCUGCCUUGGAGCAAUGGCCAACCCAGCUCUGGUGGCCAAACUGUGCCAUAGGCAGGCAAGUGGCCCCAAUGGCAUUCCAAGCCUUCUGGCCCACAGAGAGUGCCCCAGAGGAGAUGCUGCUGAUUUGCACCCAUUGCCAGAAAUGCUUCCCUGCCCGUCCCGCGGGUGCAGGGGGUGCUGCGCAGCUCUGUCUCGAGUGCGAAAGGGGCCUCACAAAGGCCCUGCCCUGUACCUGUGCCCACUGCUUGCCACCUCGGCCAAGACCCCCCAGGGAGGAGCGACCCUACAAGUGCACCAAGUGUGAGCGCAGCUUCCGCUUUGCUCAUGAAUACACCUGGCACCAGAAGGUCCAUGCUGGGGAGAAGAGCUACAAGUGUGGGGCCUGUCAGAAGGUUUUUCGCCACAAGCAGGAGCUCAGCUGGCACCAGCGGGCACAUGCUGCCGAGUGGCCCCAUCAGUGCACCACCUGCCAGAAGCACUUCCGCUUCAAGCAGGAGCUGGCCUGGCACCUUAAGAGCCAUGCGGCUGAGCGGCCCUACAAGUGCCCUGAGUGCGAGAAGAGCUUUCGCUUCAAGCAGGAGUUCAUGUGGCACCAGCGGGCGCAUGUGGGCGACCGGCCCUACAAGUGCCCCGAGUGCGAGAAGAGCUUCCGCUUCAAGCAGGAGUUUGCCUGGCACCAACGCAGCCACUCGGGUGAGAAGAGCUACAAGUGCCCUGGCUGUGACAAGAGUUUCCGCUACAAGCAGGAAUUUGUGUGGCACCAGCGGAUCCACACCGGGGAGCAGCCCUAUCCAUGCGCCUCCUGCAACGCCACUUUCACCUGCCGCCAGGAGUACAUGCGCCACCAGCGUCUCCACGAUGGUGAGAAGCCCUACCAGUGCCCUCACUGCGAGAAGACUUUCCGGCGCGGUUCCACCCUCAUCCGCCACCGGCGCCUCCAUGCGAGUGAGGAGCCCCUCAAGUGUGCCCACUGUGAGCGCACCUUUGGCCAGAGUGCCCACCUUGCCAAGCACCAGCGAAUGCAUAUGCUGAAGGGCAACUCUGGCGAGGAGGCCAUUGCGGCGGUGUGGGGUCCCUGUUUGCCAGCAUCGGGGGCAGCCCUUCCCCCAGAGGGCAUGAACAUCCUGAGCUUGAAGACCGUCUCAGUGGGCACCCUGCUCUUACUCAACCUCCAGGACCCUAAAGUGGGCAAAGGGCCAACUGGCACCACCUGGCAAGCACCGGUGUGAAUCUAAACUGGUAGCUGGAGAGUGAUUGGCAGAGUGGCACAAACUUAGUGAUGGAGCGAGUUGGUUUCUACCCUGGCAGGACCAUGCUACCCUUUGGUGCAAGCAGGGACAUGGCACUGACCCAUGUUUUGAUGCCAGGCAGUUGGAGAGAGCGGAACAGGAUGGUUUCACUGGCCUUUGCCCAGGUUUGUGCCACAGCUUGGCACUGGUAGGAUCAUGACAAGUGCUUCAUUGGCACAUUUAAAACAGAACAAACCUUCAAGGCACCUCUUCCAGGGGAUUGGACAUGUGGGUGUCACACAAUGGCACCUCAUUUCUUCAUGUCUCCUUUCCUGGCAUCAUAAUCCAAGGGGCAUUUCCUAGGCCACAACGGGCACCGAUUCUUCUGGAACGUGGCGGGUAUAAACCAGCCUUGUUCUUCAUCCUGGAUUCCUAUACCAGCAGCGGGUCAGACUAGAUGCCCCGUGGUACCCCUUCCAAUACCAUGUUGAAUCCAGAAACCCUUUGAUUUCCUGCAUUUCUGUGACAUCUCUCUGGGUUGUCAUCUUCCUAUAUUCUCCUUGUGUUAGAACAAAGUGUCAUGAAAUAUGCAAUAUUUUAAAAUGUCAGCAGAGCAACAACACCAAUAACAAAAUAUGGACUUUCUCAAGCUCAUGCCUGUUUGGAGACUGAGAAUCAGCACUUUGGAGAAGGCCUUGAACUAUCCGUGGUGCUGAAGCCUAUCCAUUCAGUAACAACCAGCCUUUCUUGCACCUUUGGGCUAAAACCUGGACCAGAUUGGCCAAGCUGCUGACAUGGACUUUGGCAGAAGACAAUGCUGUGAUUUCCCUCUUCUAAUGUAAUUGUAUCCGCGAGCGCAUUGUGUGCCUGCCCAGGCAGAGACCUGUGUCUUCUAGUUUUAUUAUUUGCCUGUUAAAGUGCCUAAGGCAGUCCUGAGACCUGUUUUCAUAUUUUGCAAAUAUAUAUAUAUAUAU